AUGGACGACCACCCCCCACCGCUGAGGCCCUUGUCAGAGCUCCCGGAGGCGGAGGCGGCGGCGCUCCUCGCGGAGUACGGCACCAGCGGACCGUACGAUGAUCUUCUUAGCUUCCCUGCCGUCUCGAACUGCGUCUUUGAAUACGGCGGCAGAGACGUCUUCCUCACCGGCGCCGGCCCCGACGACGGUGACGAUGAUGAUGAUAACAAAAACGCAACGGGAUUUGGCCGCAACAGCACCGACGGUGUGGACUCCACAUGGCCCCUCGAGUGUCUUCUGUUGCGCCACACGAAACUCCUCUCGUCUACAACUGCGGUUCCCCUCUGGGAUGGCGUGAAAAAAGUGCUGAACGGCGAAGAGGGCCAUGCUUUGGCUGUCCACCGUGACGCGCCGUCGACAAAGACCGUAGAAGAUGCAGUGGAAAAAGCAGGCGAUCUCCUCCUUCCAGACGUUUUCCCAGAUGACGGGAGUAACGAGGGUCUCUUCAACACUAUAGACAGUAUGUUGCGUGAGGCGGAUGUGGUGCUGGCGAGGCGCAAGCCGUACGUCGACCCCAUGAGCGAGGCCGCACUCCUGGAGAGGCAGCGCGCUGUCGAGGAGGAGGAGCGAUGUUGGCCCCCUAUCCACAACGACGCUGGUGAUGGUGCAGCCGCUGAUCUGACAGAGGGUAACAGUGACUCGGAAGAAGAAGAGGCCAGGGAAAAGGGACUUGGCGAUGGAGAAGCAACCAGUCUUUUUGCAUAUGAAUUUGGUCCGACAGCGGAAGAGGUGCAGACUCUUCGCGAGUGGGAUGAGGCGGUGGCGCGCUGCGAGCGGCAAAACGAGGCCCUAGCAAGCGCUGCAGUGCACCUCGAGACACCCGAUAUCGCACUUGGCGCCGAGCAACAAAGUGCUGCUGCUGCGACAGUGGCUCCUCUAAUGCUUCCGCUUCAGCUGGAGGAAGGUGAGGCCGCUGAAACAGUAGAAGCGACAACGGUGGUCGCCACUACGCAGCCCUCAUGGGUGGACCAGCACGAAGCAAUUCUGCAGUCGAUUCAGACGAUGGAGGUACGAGACAGUGAGGUGCAGGCGGUUGCAAGCCAAAGGCUGCUGCAGAUGAAGCAGGAGAACCGCCGACCUCGUCGCAUACCACCCGGGCAGCUGGUGCUCGAUGGUUUCGUAGCGCGUGUGGACGUUCUGCUGCCACCAUGCGAAGUGGAAGUGGAACUGCGGACCGCAGUCGCUCUGGAGACUGAGGACGAUACAGCGGCGGCAGCAGCAGCAGCAGGAGAUGGAGUGAGUGUUGGUGCUGAGAAGUCUUUGCUGGCGGCGGUGGCAUCUGCGAGGGAAACUACAAAGGUUUCCAGUGUGGAGCAGAUACAAAAAAAAGCUGAACGGGAAAUUUUUCUCGUGCGUCGCGAGGCGUAUGAAGCACGGUGCAUGCAGGAAGAAGAUACGAAAGCCAGUUACGAGUUACAGUGGCGCGAGGAAAAAACGAGACGUAUUCAAGAAGCCAUUGCAGAUUGCGUUCUCAGGGAAGACGCAGCGUAUCGCUGCAUCCUAGCGGAGGAGCUCGCUGAACACCAGGAACUCUGCAAGCUAGAACACCAGCAGGACUGCCUGCUAAAGGAGAUUGAGUUCCAACGAAAGGCUCAUGCUACUGCCCAGAUUGUAUGUGGCAUUCUGGAGGAGCAUGCACGCAUUCGGCGUGUCAUCAUCGCAACAGAGGAGGAAGAUGCAAAGGAGUUGGUGCGGGCAGAGCAGGAGGCACUCCAGUUGCUUCUGCGCAGCCGGAAGCAGCUGAUGGCACAAAUUUCUAGCUGUGUGGAGCAAUGGGACACCGCCAUGGAGGUGAAAGGUCGCGGCAGUCAGGCUCCUCCAGCUCAGGGGGAUGUGUCGCUAGCAACUGCAGCGGCCUGGCAACGUCUGGCAGAAGUCCGGCAUUCCAAUCCGUCACUGGCGUGCAGUGUUGUCUUGCCAAUUUCCAGCAUGUCUCGCUUGCAGGCGUUGCUGCAGGAGGAGCGUCAUGGGACCGCGUGGCGGAGGGAUUGCAAGCAGAUUAUUGCCGACACUGCCGGCUCUCUCGCGGCGUUUGCGCAUAGCGUUGCCAAGUGCGCCGGGAAAGCGGCCCCCAUGCCCGGUAGUCGUCCAGGGACGGCAACUACUGUUUCCGGUACUGCCGCUUCCUCUGCCUCUUCUUCCACGCCGCAGAAUGAUGCGUUGUCGUCCUCAACUAAUGACGCUUUUAUUCGCCUGGACGCAAAGCUUGCCAAGCAGCUGCAGCCGCUCGUCUUCGGCGUUGCGAAGGCGGGCAUGCGGGAAGUGGCGCAGCAGUGCCAUACCGUUUCCUUCGCGCUGGAGCAGAUUGCCUCAAUUGACUUCGCCAGUCUCGCCACGCUGGAAGUGCGCACAGACGCCGCCGCUGAGUCUCGUGUAGGCAGGCGCGCCACACCCGCAGCGCCUUUUGUGCGGGAACUUGAUCUUGGUGGCAACGCACUGCAUGUGCUGCCGCUUGACGAUCUUCUGCGCGUGUUCCCGUCACUCCGCAGCCUCAACAUGAGCGAUAAUGGCUUGAAGAGUUUGACGUGCCGAGCUGCAUCGAUGCGUGGAGUAUCGGAGGCGCACGUGCACUCCGUUGCACAGGCGGCGUGCGUAUCGCGUCUGGAUGUCUCGCUGAACGCACUGAGCAGCGUCGAGGCGAUCGGUAAGCUUCUUUCGUACAACCUGCACACACUUGUGAUGUACGCAAAUCAGAUCGAGUCAUUGUUGCCAUUGGCCUCGUGUGAGAGUUUGGUGUGCCUCGAGGCGAGCCGCAAUAAUGUCACUUCGCUUGCAGAACUUCAGCAGCUUCGUCUCUUGCAGACGCUUGACCUGAGUGAAAACGGUAUCACAAACUUGGACGCCCUGGCACAGCACGUGUUGCUUCAAAACUUGUAUCUGUCGCGGAAUCAAAUCCAGACGCUACCAAGAGUGCUGUCACUUGGGUUCUUGCGCCAACUUUUCAUGAACGAAAACCGUCUCGAGGAGUUGCCUGGUGAAUGCUUCCGCUGGCUUCCUCUGUUGUCGGUGCUGCAUGUGGAGAACAAUAGACUGCGCGAUUUGUCGGGACUGGCUCACUGUCCACGGCUGACCAACGUCAGUGUCGCCUUCAACCAGCUGCAGCAAGUGGAGGACCUUCAGCCGCUGGCGGCAUGCAAGAAGCUGCAAACACUUUACGUCAGCGAGAAUCCGUUUGCACGUGGCGAUCAUGAGGCCGGCACCGAUGAUCAAUCCGACAAAAAUGGAAACGGCAACAGUGGUCGUAUGCCAGAAAAAGUGAGACGGGCUUUGCUCGCCUGGUUUCCACGUCUGAUCGAGCUUAACAAUGAAAAGGUGGAGGAAACCGAUCGGCGGGAUGCUACGCGGGCUGAAACAGUAAGCCUUCGGUCCUUUUGUGCGGCUCGCGAGUUGCUGCGGCAACACAACGAAAGCGCUCUUCACGGAACAAGGUAUUGGCCCUCCUGUUCAACGCCUGAGGAUGUACGAGGAUUCUACGGUGCGGUUGAAUGCUACAGUCGUUAUGCGAGCCCGAUGCGUGCCCAGAAGGAAAUGUUUGCUGCCCUAACAAGUGACGUGGUACUGACAAGCAUUCAGACGGAGCAGGACGUUCUCGCUACGGUCCGUCGGCGGCGUCAACAUGAUGCAGUGCACAUUGAAGACGAGCUACGGCAGCGUCUGCGCGAAUCGAAGCAGCGCCUCAACCCAGUGGUGCACCGCCUCUCGGACAAAGUGGAGGAACGCAACCGGCGCGAUACGAUGCUCACUCUGCAGCGACACCUCACAGCGAUGCAGACAAUACCGCGCGUGCAGGCCAACAUUCACACCCGCCCCGCUCUCUACCACGAGCGGGCGCAGGCGCACAGAGAAGCACAAGCGAAAGUGGUUCUCUGUGACUGGCUCUACCUCAGAAUGCUCGGAAGGCGGGCGAAAAAGGAGCUCGCGGUUCGAAGAGCGGCACAACUGAAGCGCUACGAGGUGGCCGCUCGUAUUAUUCAGCCAGUGUGGCGUGGCGCCGCGCUCCGCUCACGUCUCAAGCGUAUUCUGCACCCCGCUGGCGACGACGACGACGACGACGACGGACAAUUCGCGCACGUUUCGGUGGACUUCCUCCUUGAAGGCACGGAGGCGGUCGACGGCGACGGUGGGGUCGGCGCGGUGCUGCAGACUGUGCUGCAGGCGCACGGGGCGCCGCCGAAUUUCCCGGCGGUGUUAUCCUCUGCAAGAACAGGUCUGCAGCAGCCACAACAGAUGGGGCUUCGGCCAAGUUCAGCCGCACCUGGUCCGUUGCGUUGCAGCAGUAGCAGCGGAGACUCCAAGAUGCGGCGUCCGGAGAGUCAGCCGCAGAGUCUGCAGGUGACGCAGCAGCAGUCACCACCACCACCACCGCCGUCGCUCUCGUCUUCAUCGCGUUUGGAUGAUGAGUGGGGAGCGCUUGUGAGCUCGCAGCUGCGCAAGCGGCAGAAGAAGAUGGAUCGUGCCCAACGCGAGAACAUGCAACGUGAGUUUAUGAAGGACCCUUUGAAGGUGAAGCGUGCGCUUAAGAGUGGGGAUGCGUAA